AUGGAGACAGUUUUAUCGCAACUGAUUCUCGAAGAACAUGAAUCAUCAUGUACCUUGAUCUUCGCUUUAGGUGCCACUGCAAGAAAAUAUUUCGAGAACGACCUCCAAAGCUCAACGGGAACUAUUUCUAGCGUUCGGGCCAUGAUGAACGCCAGAAACCAAAUCAAAGUUCUUUUUCUGAACAAAUUACGGUAUUUACACAUGUAUUUGACGAAAUUUGAGGUCAACGAGGGAAAUGAGAAGCUCAGUUUCGAGAAUCUGAUCAUCUACGGGCUGGACGAAGCACUCGAACUUGAUCGAGACGUUUUGACAGCACCGCAAUUACGAUUGGCGAAUCUCAUAUACAAUGUCGCCUUCAAAGUGAAGGGGCGUUAUCAAAUUGAAAUCCAGUUUGUCCCCUCCCGCCAGGUCCCGUGCGAUGAUCUCAGCAGGCUAGAGCAGUACUGGCGCGAAAUAGGCUAG